AUUUCAUAAUUUUCAGUUCGAUAACAGAAAAACGAUGUUUAAAGGAUUUCUUUUAAUUUCGUUUAAUAUUUUUACUCUGGUAUUUAUUUGUUAUUACUGUGUAAAUUAUUUAACGGAUUUUGCGCUUUCGCCAUGGAAAAGGAAUCAGAUUUACUGCAAAAAUACGAUAUUCAGCGUAUUAAAUCUUUAGAAUUACAAGGCUUGAGAAAUUUGUCGCCGCAAUAUGAAGAAAAGCAUCGUGAAGUGUCGGCUGAAACCGAAAAAUUAGAACGAGAAGUCAAUAAAAUAAAACAAUCAUUAGUCACCUCACAAGUUAAAAUAGAUGAACUGAGAAAAUCACUGAACAAAAAUAAACUUAUUUAUCAGGAACUAUGCAGCAGAGCAAACAGAGUGGAACAGGAGCUGACUAAGAUAAAUGUCACGUCGCCCAUAUACAAGUACAAGAUAAAUCAAUCUUUAAGAACUUUUGAGGAAAAAUUCAAUGAGCCACAAGAAAUUGCCAUUAGGACAGAUUGGUCUACUCUGGAAAAGGAACUACAAGAGGAAAAUCACAAUUUGGAAGAAAAAAUACAGGAGUGUCAGACUUUGUUGGAUGAUUUUGCCGACGACUACAUUAAAUAAUGAAAAAUUAAAUAUAUUAGUUAAAAUUUAUUAGUUAAAAUAAUAAGUUAAUAAAAAUAUCGUUACAUUAAAAGCUACAUACAAAAAAACAUAAAAAACCUUGAAGUAUUAAAUUAAAACGUCACUUAUUUCACUUUCGCUAUUGUCAAAAUAAGCGACACACGAAUCAAGUUUUGUCAGAAUAUUAUUUUCUAAUGAGGUUUGCUCUUCUUGUAUUUUUUCUAUUUUGUUUUCCAGUAAAGCUUUUUCUUCCUCCAGUUUUUGAACCACAGAUAUUCUGAAAAAUAAAAAUUAAUUAAGGUAUUGUGGGCCUCGA